GUCGCUUGCGCCGAGAACAUAUCACUCUUGUUCCUCUUGAACAAGCUCCAGCAUAAGUCCCAGCCCAACCCGCGAUCAUCGUAUCCCAUUGGGGAAAAAGAGAGAACGCUACAUUUCGGUAGAGAGCGGAGUCUAUGCGGCGCCUUCGCGUUCCUGGCCAGCAUUGAUGGGAAUCCAGACUUCAUCCCCGCUGUCUAUAUUGAAGAACGAACCGAGCAACGACGGUUGGAAAUUGUGGUGGCCGUAAAUAAAAAGGGCCCGAGCAAGGGUGAGGAAAUCUUGUCGGAUAUCAAGCGUGGAUUCGAACAGAUUUUCCUACAGUUGAAGAAUCUUGACGGCAAAUUCGAGAUCGAGAAUAGGGUCUUCGAGGAGGUUGUAAGAAUGUGCUACGACCGAAUUCUCAACCGCAUCCGCGAGGAACAACCAGGGAAGUCACAUGGACGCCCGACGAGGAAGCGACAGUCGAUUGAGAGGUUGAUCGAAACGCUCAAUGUAUACUUCACUCAGCCAGAUAAUAGCACAGUACAGUCACAAAACCUCUUGGCUAAAGCUCGCGAUAUAACAAAGUCACUCGGAAGAUGGAGAAAAUACCAAGAUCCAUCUAGGCUAAAGCAACUGGUGGAAGACAUGUUUCAGCUUUCACGGGUCGACCACUUUGAAAAGCUUGUUCACAUGAUAUCUCACAGAGAAAUGGACCCAUGCUCGAAGUCAAGUCUGUGUAAUAUGAUCCUCAAAGUUUCGCGGUACCGAGAGGUCUCGCGACAUAUUUACCGGACUGCAAAGAACUACCCAAUCGCUAGAUACGCGGAUGUGGUGACAGUCAACCUCACGAGCUUCGGGCAAGGAGUCUACGAACGGAUCUCGGGGCGUGGAAGGUGCCCAGAACUUAGCACAGCUCUGUCGAGGAACGGAGUCACAACAGUCCCCGGUCGAGUUCUCAGAGAUGCCUGGGGUAUUUCAGAAGCACCUCUUCAGGAUGUCGGCGUUGUAUUCGAAAAGAAGGCGAAGGAUGUAUUGAGGAAUGCAAAGGUCCACGCCGAGGUUCAGCUGAUAUACUAUUACCAUCUCAAAACACGCCACUCAGAUCUUCCGCCUAGAGUUAUCCGAUCCAGCAAAGACGCGUGCUACCUCUGCAACGUUUUCAUUGAAGCUGAAAAGACGUUUUACACCUCCCGAUGCCACGGGAGGCUCUACCCGUCAUGGAAGCUACCACUGGUCGCCGGUUGCCUGGAUCUUUCUCUGAGGUUUAAUGAGCUAUUAAAAGGCAGAAUCAGUAGUGCCUAUGGGGACUUGGCUGGCUUCAAGUCCAAAUGCCCAAAGGCAGAUCCAGCGGAGAGCACGAUUUCGACAUUGAAUUGGUCAAUGUCUACA